AUGGAUUUUGACUAUGCUAUAAGGAAGGAUGAACCACUUGUGCCGACAGACAAUAGCACUUCGGGUGCAAUUGCCUUAUAUGAACAGUGGAAGCGAUCUAAUCGCUUGAGCAUGAUGUACAUUAAGACACGUAUAUCUGCUAGUAUCCGUGGUUCAAUCCCAGAUUGUGCAAAUGUAAGAGAUUUGUUGAAGGCAAUUGAUGAUCAAUUUGAAUCUUCAGAUAAGGCUCUUGCUAGCACUCUCAUGACCAAAUUAUUAUCCAUGAAGCUCACAAGUGUUAAAGGUGUGCGAGAGCAUAUCAUGAGGAUAAGAGACUUAGCAGCUCAACUUAAGGCUUUACAGCAGAUCGAUUGUUCAGAUGCUUACCUUGUGCACUUUAUCUUGCACUCUCUUCCAUAUCAGUAUAACGCUUUCAAAAUCUCAUAUAACACACAUAAAUAUAAAUGGUCUAUUAAUGAGCUUUUGACCAUGUGUGUUGCAGAGGAGGAAAGGUUGUUAUUAGAAAAGAGUGAAAAUGCACAUAUGGCUACUUAA